AGAAAAUGGAUACUGCCAGAGCGUUUGGAGAUAACUUGCACGAAGGAUCGUCUGCUGGCCGUCCGAGUGAACAGGACCUGGUGAACAUUAGAUCGAGGAAGAAGUUUGGAAUUAUUGAAUCUUCGGACGGCGAUGUCGUCCAGGCUUCCGCUUCCCGCAAAAGGUGUUAUAAUUACGUCGCUAAACCGGAAGAGACCGGAAUUCCAACUUUUGAUAAUCCUUCGGCUAUGGUUAAACGGCGAAAAGGAUCUGGUUCUCUCUCAACCCCAAUGAAUCAGAAUGGCUCCCUUCUGGAGGAAUCCUCCGCUGCUCGCCACGUGACUUCGAACCUCGUCCGUACAAUAAUGGAAAAUAUGGCCUUUAUUCGUGACAAGGGCCUGGGUAAGAAAAAUCAUGAUAUCACUGAGCCCAAUCAGGCUUCCUUGCAUAAGGUUCGACGAGAUUUGGGUCAUAGUAACCAAGCUCUGAUCAAAGCCAUUGGGAAAUGGGAUCCAUCCCAAGAAAUCAUAAGCGUCAGGGAAAAGAUCUACUGGUUGAGGAAUGAUCAGGAACCACCAAUAGCAGAGGAUUUCAGGGGUUGGAUGCGCAGGGCUCCCUGGAAAAAAACCAUUGAUGAUGAAACUUUAUUUUGCGAGCCCCAGAUCCUUCACCAGGUCAUAAGCUCGAAGAGCAUUUUUGAUGGUUUAGAAAAACGUGAAAUACAAAGAGCGAGGAUUCAUUCCAAUCCUUUUGAAGCAAUCAGAGAUGUAUUUUUUCUUAAUCAAGAUGCUGUAAAAAUGGCUAAUAUUGACAGAGCCUGCAAUUUCAUGUUCACUAAUCCAACAACUGCAAAUCCACAUGAGAUCCUCUACUUCGCCGACGUAUGCGCCGGUCCUGGGGGAUUCAGUGAAUAUGUCCUGUGGAGGAGGAAGUGGCAUGCAAAGGGCUUUGGAUUCACCCUGAGGGGCUCCAAUGACUUUCAACUACAUAAAUUUUACGCCGGACCACCAGAAACUUUUCAUCCUUUUUAUGGACCCAAGGGUGAUGGUAAUAUCUAUGAUCCGGAGAAUCAACUCGCCUAUCAACAACUUAUCAUGAACCAUACCCAAGGACAGGGUGUUCACUUCAUGAUGGCUGAUGGAGGAUUUUCGGUUGAGGGAAGCGAAAGUAUUCAGGAGAUUUUGUCGAAACAAUUAUACUUGUGCCAAUGCCUGAUUGCCCUUAAGAUUGUGCGGACAGGUGGACACUUUGUUACUAAGUUUUUCGAUCUGUUCACACCAUUCAGCGUGGGAUUGAUUUACUUGCUAUACAGAUGCUUCGAAAAAAUAUCAAUUUUCAAACCGAAUACUUCAAGACCUGGCAACUCUGAAAGGUGUGUAUUGUCUUAUUUUUACAAAAUAAAAGACAUUUUUUUUUUUUUUCAAUUUUCCAAUAAUUCAUUUAAUUUUUCUUUUCUGUGUUCUAGGUACUUGAUUUGCGAGAAGAAGAAGAGUGAAAUUGAGGCUGUGAUAAACUAUCUUUCAUAUGCUACGGAAGUUCUUCUGAGGGGUGACGGGAACGGCGAUAUCAGGGAAUUGGUCCCUGUGGAGUUGCUCCAAGAUGCCGAUAGCUUCUACAACUACAUUUGUAGUUCCAACAACGUUCUCGGAAGGAAACAAGUGAUGGGACUCUUGAAGAUCGCUGCCUUCGCCGAGAAUCGGCACCUCUCUGAGCCGAAGCAGACGCAGAUGAGGAAGGAGUGUCUUGAAUAUUGGAAUCUACCGGACCAGACUAGAAUAGUCCCCAAGCACGUGAAACCAGAGGAAAGACUUCGUUCAAUCGUCGGAGAAUCUAUUGUGAAGUCCCUGAGCGCUCCUCCCAUGAUUUUGACUUGUAAAAAUGUGACAACGACUAUCCUGGAAAAUCCCUGUGAUUGGUAUGCAGUACUCUGUGGAUCAGAUACCAGUGGAACAACACCUAGCAAACAAUUGACUUUCUACUUGGGUAUGGGAAGAACCAAAGUCUUCAGGUUGGUCAAGAAUACCUGGGAGAGGGUCGACAAUAUUGAACUGCCUCCUAAUACAUUGGUUUAUGCUGAACUGGUGGAGGAGUUGAGAGGACUGGAAAAUAAUAUCCGCAGAACUGAAGCAUUGCAUAUUGUCGAUGCUUAUCUCCUGGGAGGAGAGGAUAUCAGCAGAAAUUCACUUCCAGAAAGAUAUGCUCUCAUCAAUAAAUUCUGUGAGGCUCUGUGGAAGGCCAAUAACUCUGCGUAUUGUCCAGUUCGUGCCAAGGAAUUGCAUCCUCUUGAUCGUGACUUACCCAUGAAACUUCAUGUACAACCCUGUACAUUGAUAAACAAGAAGAAAAUAUUAGUACAUUAUCUACAAGAGUCAUUCCCGAGAAGGACACGCCCCGAUAAUGAUCCACUAUCCUUUGUACCAAAUAGUGUGGUAUUCUUGAAGACAACUAGUGCACCCUGGAGACGAGUUAUCAGUAAGAAAACUAGCCAUCAUUAUUACUUCAAUUCUAUGACGAAUGAAAAUUUUUAUGCUAAUCGUCGACCAGAAUCAGCUUGUGCUAGCUUCCUAGAGACAUUUGUCACUCGUUUGCAGUUGCAUUGGCCGGGGGAUUCGUCUCUGUCAAUUAAUUAUAUAUACGAUAAUGUAAAACAGAAGUGCCCUGUUUUGCUACCGCAAGAUUAGUGACAUAGAUUCAUCAAUACUUAGGAAGAAUUAAUUUUAUAAUUUCUCAUUGAGGUAUUUAUUGGGUGGUCAGGAAAAACUUAUAUAUUUUUUGUUUAGCAAAUUUCUUCUUAAAAAACAUUUUUUAUUUUUCUGAUGAUCCCAUAAAUACUUAAUAUUGUAAAAUAGUAAUUAGUUUAGUUUCUAGUAUUAAAAUAAUAUUAUUGGCUUAUUAUUGUACUUAAUUAGUAGUCAGUAAGUGGCAAAAAUUGAUUAAUUCAUAAAAAUUCAUUGUUAAAAUUAUUCAUUUCUAGUCAUGUAGAAAAAUAUUAAAUAUUAUGAUUAAGUCCACUCAACUUUUGUACAAUUCGAAGAGCAUUUGAUUGAAGUUGACAUCACACACUGAUAAUUAAAAUACAAAAUGAAUGAACAAAUAAUUGUUCUAAAAAAUAUAUUGAUGGAUUUUUCUAAUGAAAUUUUCAUACAACUUCAUCAAUGAAAUGUGUGAAUGAUUACGUCAAUUUUUGGCAAUCAUUACCAGUUCUCCAGGAGCUGGUAAUAAUCGACUGAAACUUUAGAUAUUUUAGCGAUGAAUGUAAAUAUUGCACAUUUAUAUAAUAUUUUGGUUUCCAUCAUCAAUACUAUUUCUGACUUUGGCUAGUGCUGACGAGUUGUAAUUCAAAUAACAGUAUGGAAAAUUUGCUUCUA